AUGAGUAGUUAUCAGCGAUUCACUGACAUUGAAAUAAGUAAUAAAAGACUGCCUGCUUGUUAUGGUUAUCUCAGUUCAAAAUUGGUUCCAAUAGAAACAGCUGUUGAGUCGAUAGGAGACCGAGUACCGGAUUUGGUUCGUUUUGCUAAACUGGCCAAAAAACAUUGUACGUAUCCGAAUGAACAUGGCCUAACGCAAGAUGAAUCAGCAGCUCUGUACCUCUAUACGAUGGAAAUGAGUGAUGAACAAAGUUUUUAUCACAUUCUAAAUCAAACUCUGCGAGACGAAAAUCGAUCGGCAUUGAGACCGUGGUUCCCGUAUUUGAAACUACUUGAUACAGCUGUUAACAAACUACCGUCGACCAAGACAACUGCAUGGCGAGGGAUUGGAAUAAACGUUAGUAGUUCAUUUCAAAAGCAUCAGACAGUUACGUGGUGGAGUGUUAGUUCGUGUUCAGAAUCGGUGAAUACAGUAAAAGGAUUUCUUGGUAAUAGCACUCAAAGUACUCUGUUUAAUAUUGAAUGUAUCAAUGGGAAGAAGGUUUCAUCAUAUACGUGUUAUCCUGAAGAAAAUGAGAUUUUGCUCAUGCCCGGUACGACAUUGAAAGUUGUAAGUGAUCCUUUAGAUCAUCAUGGUGGUUUACAUAUUGUUCAUCUGAAGGAGAUUGGAGAUGAUAAUGAUAAUUUCCCAACAAGUGCUAUAACCGAUAAAAUCAGUGGAAAGGAAAUAUCGAGUAACAUAUCGAACAAAGAUAACGAAAAUUCAACUGCUAAAGCAGAAAAUGAAACGAAAACGAAAGCUUCAAAAGCAAACAUAAAAUUAACGACUUUUGAAACAGAUUCCAGCGGAGUUAUGGACUGUUUAAGUUAG